ACAGUCAUGUGGGAAGAAAACACAUGAGAUCAUAUGGAUUUGAGAGCUCAUAUCCCUUCUUUUAAAUGACCACAGAACUCGGCAGAGUUGGUAGCAAAAGAAAAGCACCAGAGAAAAAGAAAGCCAGAAAGAUCACAAGAGGAGAGAGAGAAAAUUAAGGAGAGCACACAAAAUGUUUUCCAAAGAGCAAAAGAGAGCAGCUAUGCAUGAGAAGCUGCAACACCUUCGUUCUAUUACUAACUCUCAUGCUCUAAACAAAACCUCGAUCAUAAUCGAUGCAUCAAAGUACAUCGAAAAGUUAAAGCAAAAAGUAGAAAGACUGAAUCAAGAGAUAGCAUCUGCAGAAACUUCCAGUGUCCACAACCCUUUGCCUAUGGUCACAGUAGAAACCCUAGAAAAAGGAUUUCUGAUAAAUGUUUUCUCAGCAAAAGGGUGUCCAGGUCUGCUUGUUUCCAUAUUGGAGGCUUUUGAAGAGAUGAGACUCACUGUGCUGGAAGCUAGGGUUUCUUGUACAGACACUUUCCGAUUUCAAGCAGUUGGAGAAAAUGAAGAACAAGCGGAGACAAUUGAUGCACAUGCUGUGAAAAAAGCAGUGGGACAAGCAAUAAAGAACUGGAGCAAAAGUGGCGAUCAAGACUAAAUCAGUAAUCACAUGUCUGCUUAUAUAUAUUGCAUUUUCCAAUCUUCUUUCAUGUUGGCUAACUGGCAAUUUGUUGCUCAAGGAAUUAAUCAGAGCGUCGUAUAAGACAGCUUCCAAUUUUCAAUGAAAACAUAUGCCAGCUAUAUAUAUCAGAAUGAAAAUUAAAGAGUAGUUGAUGGUUGAUCAAAUUUAUGUAUGGAACCAGCAUUAUCCACAAAUGCAUAUAAUGCAUCUUUAUUUUUUCCUAUACCUAUAUGAGGAGUCAAAAAUUAUAAUUAGUUACUUCCCCUCAAUGUAAUGAAUGGAUCAUUAACACUGAGUUUGCUUACUUCAA